UCUCAUGCGACGUACGUGGAUGCAGCAACGUUAUCCUCUUUUUGGCGCCAGGCAGAAACGGAUUUUAAUUUACUACUUAGGCAUUUUAAACUUUUGGUUUGUCAUCAGUGUUUACCUGGAUUGUUGAUUUUAUCUGUUUUAUUCUUGUACUGUGUUGUUGCAUACCUCAAUGGAAUCUUAAAUUGGACGAAGGGUGAUAUGUAAAUAUUUUAAGGGCGCAAUCCUAUGCAUGGGAUUUGUAGGGCUUCUUUCCCUAGGGUCACGCCCUAAAUAAGACUACUUCCUCGGAGCGAAAGGAGACGUGCUGCCGGUGUCCUACCCGGCUGUAUUACUCGGGGGGGGGGGGGGUCGCGCGACUUUGGCUCUCGCGAGAAAGCGGAAGUUUGAUUUCUUUUCAGUUCACACCCGCCAAACUGUCAUCGCCGCUGCUGUUGCUGUUUCUCAAGCGGCCGUCUGUGGGGUGCGGACAAGUGUGCUUCGGCCCCACAAGUAGUAUAUUUUAAGCAAGCAACUACAAAUAUCAAAGAUUGAGGGUUGAACUUGAAAUCAUGGAUUGUGGAACUCAAUUCAUUGAAACUCUGAAGAGGAUACGAUAUUCAAAGGCAAAUUCACUUAAUGGUGAAGACUUUGACUGGUUAUUUGAGACAUUGGAAGAUAAGUCAUUUUUGAAAUGGUUUUGUACAACUUUGAAUGAGCAUCAUGCAUUAUCUGAAGAAGAGCUGCAGUCAUUUAAUAUUCUCCUUAAUUCAUCAAAGCCUAUCUUAGAAGUGGAAGCUUUGGAUGAAGUUCUCAAGACUUGCACGCCUCUUGAAUUAAAUACAAAUACUUGCGAAGAAGAAGAUGAAGAAAAACUUAAAACAUUAGAAGAUGAACUUCAGGCUCUUCAAAAGCUUAAACAGCUAAAGAUUCAUCGUCGUAAUAAGCUUCAAUUUAUGGCCUCAAGCAAUAGUCUUAUGUCCCAGAAGCUUAAAGAGAAAGGAGAGGAAAUACCUAAAAAUCUGAAAGAGGGUCAGGGGAUUUUCUCUGCCAUGAAUACAAAGAUAAACAAUGAGUUGCAGUCUCUUACUGACAGAGUUGAGAAGCUGACCUCUUGCUUUGCUGUUGCAUCUGGACAACAGGAGCUGGAACCUCAUCCUGUGCUGCUUGCCCAAUUUGCUUUAGAUAAAUAUUUGUGUCAGGAAGAACAAAGCACCACAGCUCUUACUUUAUAUACAAAAAAGCAAUUUUUCCAAGGUAUAUCUGAACUGGUUGAAAGUUCUAAUGAAGAAAAUUUCCAGCUUUUUGAUAUAAGGAAUUCUUUCAGUUCUGAUGAGAGCAACAAUGUAUGUGAAGAAAAACUAGAGUUGACUAGGCUGCAGAUGGCAUAUGUUUGUGCUCAGCAUCAACUGAUUCAACAGGAAGCUAAGAACCUAAGCAUGCGAUCAGGUCUUCGGUGGGCAGAGGAAAAUAUUUGUUCUUUAAAGAAGACUCCUGAAAAAGAGAGAUUUGAAGCUAGAAUUUCUAGUUUGAACAGUGACAUUUCAAACAUAAAAAAACACUUGGCUCAGAUAAACAAUGAAACACUACCUUUGCUGGUAAAAGAAGAUGCAGAGCUAUUGAAUAUGCCUGUGGUCAGGGGUGAUCUUGAUCUACAGAUUGCUCGACAGGACUACUACAUAUCAAGUCAAGAUCAGAUUUGUAACCAGUUGAUCAAACAGAAGGCAUCAUUUGAACUUCUACAGUUGGCUUAUGAAAUUGAGUUCAGAAAACUUAGGGAUAACAGCCGUCUGCUGGAAAAUAUGGUUCAAGAUCUGAAGCAGAGUAGUGACACUUUGGUGCAAAUGCUAGAAACAAUGUCUGAGCCAUCUAUAUCCCAUCAUAAAGUACCGAGAAGUACUAUUGAUUCAAAGGAUAAUGCCACACAUAGGUUGUAUCAACUUUUGGAAGGUGAGAAUUCAAAUCAGUUGUUCAGAACGCAUGAAGGCCUUGAGCAGAUGGCUGAAAAACUACAUCUAGAUACAAUGUCAGUGCUUGAUCAGUUAGCAGUAGCUAGCCAAGAACAAAUCCUUCUGCUGUCAAAGAUGGAUGUUGAUCUAACCACCCUCCGUGAUGCCAUGUACUACAGUGGAGAAAGCAUCUGUCUUAGCAAUCAGGAACUGGCUGAGCAGUUUAAUCGAUUGGAAUUUCAGUUGAAUAAAUUAAAUCAGCUUAUUAUGGAUUUUCUUGCUGAUAUAAAGGCUAAGAAGAAGGUGUUGGAGAAUAAUAAAUUGCAACAGAUGGAAAGAAAAUUCUAUGUGUACUUUUUCAAAGAUGGGGAACGUUUGAAGAAUAUUGUCGAAAGAUCAGAACAACAAGUUAAGACUCAAGCCAUGUCUUAAAAGAUUCAGUGUUUGCUUCCUAGCGUAGAAUUUUAGGCUGAUAUAUUUUAAGAAUUUUAAACUCUUAUUGAAUGUUGAAAUGGAACAAAGGGCUGUUCGUACAGCAUCAGAAAAUCAGAAGGCAAUCAGAACCCAAGUAGUGUCAAUUACUUAUUUGAGCAAUUUGGUAUCCUGUGCUUUUUGAGUUCAGGGACAUAAUAAAUCUGAGAAAUGUUUUCAUAGAAAAAUAGAAAAAAAAACUUUGUAGUAAGUCUGUUUAAACUUGAUACAAGACUUUCCAUGUUUAUUCCAUAGUUUUGGAGGAGAAGUUUCAUUAUUCUUCAGAGGAAGAGCACCAGAUCAAAAUGUAUAAGCCACUUCAUUCGCCAGUACAUUGUUCCAUGAGCUUUCUUUCCCCUCCCUACAUCAUUACAGCUCUGUAUUACUAUGAACAUGACCAGAUCUCAUGUGCACAUACUGUAGAUCAUGCCUGUUUGUGCCUAAUACUAGUUUUAAUCUGACAUCAUCUGCUUUGGACUUCACUUCCCCAGUGUUCUGUGAAAUACUUUGUAACAGCCCUCCCCAACCUGGUGCCCUCCAGAUGUUUUGGACUUCAUAUCCCAUUAUCCCCAGCCAGCAUUUCAUUAUUCCUAGCUACAUCUGAAGAGCUCCUGGUUAGGGAAGGCUGUUCUACUGGGUCUAGCCAUCACACUAUGUAGAAUUGCAGUGGGUGACUAAGUCUAGCCACAUGCAUUGGGGUAAGCCCCAUUGAAGUCAAUGGGACUUGGUUCUGAAUUGGCAUGUAUAGAUUGCGCUGUUAGCGACUGUAUUUAUGUGGCCUUCAAUCUUAGCACUACAUAUAGUAGAGGUGGAGAUUAAGGACACAAUUCUAAGCAUACUAAUUUCUAUAAAUCCUGUAGAGUUAAAUGGAAUUUUUAUUGUAAAUGUAUAUUAGAUUAGGCUGUAACUUGACACUGUUAGAGUGUGAUUUUGAGUGUUAUGGUUCAAAUAUGUAAACUCUGUAAACAACUAAUACAUUUUUAACAGUU